UUCAGACGCGUGGAGUUGGAAGGGUACGAAUCCCAUGAUCCGAAAUUGGACAUCCACCCCUGAAUUAGCAGCAAAGGGCUCAUCCCUUCAUUCACCUCGAGUUUAAUGCUUCCGGUUUGGAUCUUCAAUCAGCUCCUUUCCUUCCAGAUCUCGAUCUCUUUCUUCUUUCAUUUCAGUGACAUUCACUUCCUGCAAUUGACCUAUUCACCUCAUCAUGUCUUCCUCGGUCGCUGCUCCUGAGACCUCUGAGGCCCUCGACUUCUCGCACCAACUAGACGAGAUCUUCGGUCUCUCAAACAGCUCAACAGACACCUCGCCCACAGGGCUCUCCCUCUCUCUCUCAUCCGCGAGCCUUAUAGAUCACAAGCAAAAGGAACUUACUGCACUCGAGCGACGGCUGCGGGAUACAGAUCAGCGUCUUCAGCAGCGGCGCCAGGAGUACCGCAAGUCGCAAAUGAUCUCGGCUUCGCAGCUCGUGAACUUCAAUCUCGCAAAUCCAACCGUCAAAGUCGAGGAGAAUAGUGAGGUUGCGGUCAGGGAUCGGGACGGCCAGACAGAUCAGAUUGCGGUCCCUGCCACUCCAGCCUCCGCCACUACCCCUGCUACCACUACCACUACGACAAUAACAACGACUACAACUCCACCCAAAGACCUACCAAUCCAAGAGUCUAAGCCUGCUCCCACUCCUCGGACGAGCUCUCUAGGUUCAAACGGCAACACCUACACCCCUAGCCUUGCGCGAAAUCCGCAAGCGGGCACUCUCGCCCAACAACCCCUGGAAGAACAAGACGAAUCAUCAACCGCACCGCCGAUCCACAAUCCCAAGACUCGCCCAUCUUCUUCUGGCCAGUCCCCAUCCCCAGCAGCGCCUAGUACACAGACAGCUACUUCGCCGCAUACGCGAUCUCCGAGUACAGAUCUGGUUGGGCACUCGCGCACAUCUUCUAGCCGAAGCAUGAGCAGCGAUACGCCCGAUGGCAUAUCUUCUCGGAAAUCCAGCACAGGAAACUCCAGUUCUGCCGCCGCUGCAUUCGGCGGCGCGAUGAAAGGCCUUGGCUGGAAAAAACACAAACAGAUCCCAUCAGAGGGUAGCAGCACCUAUACCGACUCCACACUCAACACACCGCCGGACAGUCCCGGCUCGAACUCGCGCAAGGUGUCCACCUAUGGCCGCAAAAUGCGUAAUAUCAGCACCGGCUCGGCAUCCGACUCGAUCUCGCAAGCCGUGGCAGAAGGAAUCCGAUCGGUUCCAUUGAAUGGCUAUCAGAAUGAUACUGCUCCUCAUCAGCGAAGCUUGACGCUCGAAGACGAGGGCGCGAGUGCGGUUGGUGAUGCGGCGGACGAGAAGAGUUCUUCGCGAAAGGUCAGUCUUGGGAAGGGGGUUCCGGGGUGGAUGAAGCGAGGUCGUGUGAGCAGCAGUUCAAAGAACUGAGCCUUUCCCAAAAGCAUCUACGGAUCCAUAUGUAAAAGAGCU